AGGCUCAUCUCCGUUUCUUUCCCCCUUUCCCUUCUCUCCUGACUCCCCUCCCCUCCCGUGGUCUUCCUUCCCUGGCGGCGACGACUGGGCGAGCGGCGGCGCUAUUCGUCACGUCUUCGCCCAGCCCUUUGCCGGCGACGAUCAUCCACCAGCCUUGUGCUGGUCUCUGCGGUGUCAUAAGACAAGAUGGUUUCCUUCGAGAUGAAUGACCUCAAGAAGAUUGGUCUUGGCCUGACAGGCUUUGGAAUAUUCUUCUCCUUUCUGGGAAUCAUUUUCUUUUUUGACAAGGGGCUCAUUGCAAUGGGCAAUAUUCUUUUCCUGUCAGGUCUGGGUUUGACAAUUGGUCUGAAAUCAACUAUGCAGUUCUUCACCAAGCCUAAGAAUUACAAGGGUACAAUCUCAUUUGGCGCUGGAUUUUUCCUGGUUCUCAUUGGGUGGCCUUUUUUUGGCAUGCUCUUGGAGGCAUAUGGCUUUAUUGUACUCUUCAGUGGAUUCUGGCCAACACUGGUAGUGUUCCUGCAGAGGAUUCCUAUCAUUGGCUGGAUAUUUCAACAACCAUUUGUGACAUCAUUCCUUGAUCGCUACAGAGGAAAACGGGUUCCAGUCUAGCAUCCUUUUUUGGUGUAUGUUACUUCGGUGUAGCAGCUGAUGGUUUUAGCGACAUUAGCAAAAUGUUUAUGCAAGCGUCUGGUCUUUUUUCUUGUUUUUCUUUCUAUGUUAGCUCCCAAUAGGUUUGUCCCGUUGUAAAUUACAGCACCAAACGGCCGAAACCAAGCUCCGUGGUUUUGUUGAGACUAGGAUGCAGAUUCACCCAUGAAAUGGACUGAAGAAACUCUUCAGCUUACCCUGUUUAAUCGGUGGCCUUGUAACAGUAUCAGGACGGCCCAUGCAUGAA